AUGGACCGCGCGCGCCUCUCGCCGACGCCGGACUGCGCGAACCAUCGGCCGCUCCAAGGAGGACCCCGCGAAACCAUCGAUACCUCAGCCCCGCCCGCGGAGGCCUUAAACGAGCCAGAGACUCCGCGGCCCGCGCCGCGCGCGUUAGCUUCUAUCCCCGAAAGCGAGCCCUUGCUCCGGGAUCCGCUCAGUGUCAGUGCUAUCAGUGAAAAUGUCGCGCGCAAGCACAACGGGCGGCCGCUGCACGUGCAGUUCGACGCGCAGUCGCCCCCCGCGGCUGUGUCCGUGUCGGGCUCCAGCACCGGCUCCAGCUCCUCAGACGACGAGGACGUGUCCAUUGCUGAGGCGCGCCCGCCCGACGGUGGCUGGGGCUGGGUCGUCGUGUUCGCCUCCUUUAUGGUCAAUCUCAUCGCCGAUGGCAUCACGUUCAGCUUCGGUGUCUUCUUCCCACAUUUCCUGGAGUAUUUCGGCGAGAGUAAAGGCAAGACGGCCUGGAUCGCCGGUAUCUUCAUGGCGAUGCCGCUGUUAUCCGGGCCCAUUGCGAGCUUCCUUACGGAUAGGUACGGGUGCCGACGGAUGACGAUAUUUGGCUCGAUACUAGCUGCUAUAGGAUUCGUCAUAUCGGCAUUCGUAGAUAAUAUGGAGACAUUGUUUUUGACGUUCGGUAUAAUGGCCGGAUUCGGAUUGAGUCUGUGUUACGUGGCAGCAGUAGUUAUAGUUGCUUAUUACUUUGAGAAGAAACGUUCCUUAGCCACCGGAAUUUCGGUGUGUGGCAGUGGCAUCGGAACAUUUGUGUUCGCGCCCCUGACCUAUGUAUUAUUAGAUGAAUAUGGGUGGCGUGGCACCACGUUAAUAUUAGCUGGCUUAUUUUUAAAUAUGGCAGUGUGUGGACUGUUGUUCAGAGACUUGCCGUGGACAACCACAAUGAAUGAGGAAAGGGCCAAAGAAAGGAAAAGAAAAAGAGAAAGGAAACGGUUAAAGCGUUAUCAAGCAUCUUCUGCAGAUAGUUUUUCGGACAGUAAGAGUAGUGCUGCUGGCUCUACGAAAGCGAAUGAAACAGUUGAUAUAGAAACUGUAACAUCACCCAUCGUUCCUCAGUUUAGUUCUCUAGUGGACUUGCCAACAUUCAUGACGGGAGGCGAAGGAGUGUCGUUAGAAGUAUUUGAGUUGAUGUCGAACAGGGGUCGAGCGUACGCCAUCUUGGCGCAGAACUACCCGGGAGUGAUGCUCCCGUCGAGGAGCUUCAGUGACAGCGGGCGGUUGCAUGAGCAGUCCCCGCCGCGGGCGCUGAUGUCGCCGGGAGUGGGGUCGCCUGGGGCGCUGUCGCCGACCAGCACGUCGCGGCCGCCGGCCCCCAGCUCGGCGCCCAUCAACGACAAGGCGGCGCUGUCGCUGUGGCUGCGGCGGCAGGCGACGGGCUCCACGAAGAAGCCGCCCGCGUUCCUGAAGGACCUGCGCGUGCACCGUCACUCGCUGACGUACCGCGGCGCCAUGCUUAACAUCAACCGUUACCGACUCAGAGCGUCGUCCUGCCCUAACAUCUUCAGGAACUCCAUGACCACCAUUGCCAAAGAAAAGGUGCAAUGGUACGCGGGCCUGUGGGACUUCUGGGACCUGGCAGUGGAUGUACUGGACUUCUCCCACUUCUUGAACCCUGCAUUCCUGAUAUUCGCCAUCUCAAACUUCUUGCUGUACAUGUGGUAUGACGUACCGUACGUGUACAUUGCUGACAGUGGAAUGAGCAUGGGCUUCAACGAGUCGCAGUCGUCUAUGCUCAUCUCCAUUAUUGGAAUACUGAACAUGUUCGGAGAGAUCUUACUAGGCUGGGUGGGCGACUUCCAGUGUGUGAACGCGAGCAUAGUGUACGCUGGGUGUAUGGUGGCCUGUGGCCUGGUCACCCUGAUCAUGCCACUGCUGGGCAGCUACUUCACCCUGGCGUCAGCAUCAGGCGCCUUCGGAGCCUGCAUCGCAGCCAACUACUCCCUCACCAGCAUCAUACUGGUGGAACAGAUCACCUUGGAGAAGUUCACCAAUGCCUACGGAUUGCUGUUGCUCAUUCAAGGAGUUGCCAAUUUAAUUGGGCCACCUUUAGCUGGUUGGGUAUACGACGUGACAGGUUCCUAUGACCUAUCAUUCUACUUAGCCGGAGUCUUCAUCGGUGUGUCAGGCCUGGUACUCCUCGUGUCUCCACUCCUGCGCUGCAUCAAACAUUGUACCAAACGUCAACCAGACACUAACAACAAGAGCAAUGGGGAGAUCAAACAGAAUGGGAAACUCAUGGUCUAAACUAUCAUAAGGUGAUUGGUUUCUAUGUAUUAUGUGUAAAAGGAAUGUUUGUUACGGCCCAGCACGUCAAGCUACACUUUUGUUAAAUAGAUAUUUCACUUUAUCACAAUGCGUUAACGUUGAAAAUUAACUGUAGAAAUUAGAGUAACACCGUGCUUCGAAAAGUACAUUAAGACGUCGGUUUUCGUUGAUACGAACGUCUAUGACAAUGAAGUCGGACAUUCCAUCGACGUCAAUUAAAUUAUAUCAACCUACCAAGUAAUCUUGCAAGGACUUAGGGUUAGGGCAGCUGUAUCGUGAGUGAAUCGAAAAAAAAAACCAAAAACACUGAACUGAAACUGCUUAACUGUGAAAACCUCAGUGACGUGUUAAAGGAAAAUAACUGUGCUUCUAAACAACGGUUGGUAGAGCAGAUGUCAUCAAGCACGAGCAAUGCCGACUUGUAAGUCGUUUAUAGUCACUCAGCGUGUAUGCGUACGCGUCCAGCGCUCUGAUUGGCCGGCUCUAAUGAACCAACCAAUCAGAACGAACGCCGUCUCGUUUCUAUUACUUUAAACAUAAAAUCAACUCUUACUAAGGUCACAGAAGUUACAUAAUGCCUAAGCUAAACAAAAUUUUGGUAUCGGUCUUACGGCUAUUUUUACUGUCUUAUCUCAAACCAAAAUCUGUGGAUAUGUAUCGAUUUUUGACAUUUAGUUGUAUGGAGUUUCAGUCAAUAAUCAAUCUUAAACUUUUGGAUUAAGGUAGAAUAUUGGAAUCAGCCGUUAGUGGUCUUGAAGGGCCAAUGUUAGUAGCUCCAUGUAUAUAAUUCUAAUUCAGUACCGACUAUAAGUAAUUUGUAGCUUGAUGUACUGGUGACUGUGUAAUAAAGACAGGAAUAUGAAUACGCUUGAUCAUAAGGUCUAUUUUCGAGCAAGCAAGCAGACAGUAUCUUUAAAUUGAGAUGUAUAUCGCUCUUGAUAAAAACCUUUGAAAUAUUUGUACCUAUAUUAAAAAACAAAUCAAAAUUUUGCUCAGUGUUAGCGUAUUUCGGAAAUUUUAAAGGUUUUUAUCAUUAAGGUUUUUAAAGUACGGUGAUUGGUUGAUAAAACGUCGCAAUAAUCGCUAAGCUGUUGAUUGGCUACUAUCGUGUGUAUGAGAAUUAGACGUGUCUAGAAUCUUGAAAUCUGACAAAAUUAUAAUAAUAGAAUAUUGAAUUUCAAAAUAGUGAAAACAUGUUUUGUUUUAGUAAAAGCCUUUUUUUA